AUGCCGGCCGAAGGCAAGGUGUCGUAUGACGGCUACAAGGUCUUUCGGGUCCCAGUCAUGGAAAAUGAUGUCCCUUAUCUCCAGAGCCUUAUUCAACGGUUGAAUCUCAGCACUUGGAAGGCACCCAAGAGAGGUGCAUUUUCCGAUAUUCAAGUUGCGCCUAGCCAACUUGGAGCUUUUGAGAGGGCCAUGAGAGGACGCAGCUUUGAAGUUAUGCACGAAGACCUCGGCGCAUCGAUUGCUGAUGAAGGCAACUUCCAAGCAUAUGCAGCCGGCUCAGCCAAUGACACCUAUUUUCAGUCAUUUCACUCUUACAAUGACCACUUGCAGUGGAUGAGAGAUAUGGCAGCUCAAUACUCCAGCAACGUCAAAGUCGUUACCUCUGGAACAACGGGCGAGGGCAACACCAUCACUGGUCUGCACAUUUUCGGGAGUUCUGGUGGCGGUGCGAAGCCAGCAGUCGUUUUUCAUGGCACCGUCCACGCCCGAGAAUGGAUUGUCGCCAUGACUCUUGAGUACAUAUCUAAAGAACUCAUCACCAAGUAUCCUACCGAUAGUGCCAUCAAGGCUGUUGUUGACAAGUAUGACUUUUACAUAUUCCCGAUUGUCAACGUUGAUGGCUUCAAGUACUCCCAAACGACAGACCGUAUGUGGAGAAAGAAUCGUGGUCGCAACCAAGGGUCGACUUGUGUCGGUACUGACAACAACCGAAACUGGCCACACAAGUGGGAUGGUCCUGGUUCAUCGACGAGCCCUUGCAGUGAGACCUACCGUGGCGCGUCAGCAGGCAACACGCCAGAGGUGAAAUCGUACGUAUCGUCCCUCCAGAAGAUCAAGCAGAGCCAGGGUAUCAAAUUGUACAUUGACUGGCACUCGUUCGGCCAGUAUUUCAUGACGCCGUAUGGCUACUCCUGCAGCUUGGUGCCGCCAAACAACAACGACUUACAAUCCCUUGCAAAAGGCGCUUCAGCUGCUAUUCAACGCAUCCAUGGAAAAGCCUUUAGAUUUGGUCCAGUUUGCAACACGAUUUACCAGGUUGCUGGUGGCUCGGUGGAUUGGGCCCAGGAUGUCCUCAAAGCCGACAAUGUCUUCACAAUAGAGCUUCGUGACACAGGCCGGUACGGGUUCAUCGCGCCACCGGCGGAGAUUGUACCCUCCGGACAGGAGAGUUUUGCCGGUGCCAUGUAUCUUUUCCAGAACAUGAAAUAG